UGUACGAGAUAGCAUCGGCAAAGAAGCGAUGUUGAAAAACCUCCUGCUCCUGCUGGCAGCCAAGUCGGUCCUCGGUCAAUUUGUACCCGAGCCGGAAGGGAUCACUGUUCUUAGGAGCAAGUUCGACAACAACGUUACGAUUUCAUACAAAGAGACUGAAAUCUGCGAGACGACUCCAGGGGUGAGAUCGUUCGCAGGCUACGUCCACCUCCCACCCGGAGCCUUCGAUGACUUGGGCGAGCCGACAGAGUACCCGGUCAACACAUUCUUCUGGUUCUUCGAGAGCAGAAAAGACCCAGCAAAUGCACCGCUCAGUAUCUGGCUGAAUGGCGGGCCGGGUAGCUCGUCCAUGUACGGGCUUUUCGUCGAACAUGGGCCCUGCUUCGUCAACGCGGACUCAAACUCCACUCGCAUCAAUGAAUGGGCGUGGAACAAUGAGGUCAACAUGCUCUUCCUGGAUCAACCCGUCCAAGUUGGCUUCUCAUACGAUAGCCUGCAGAACAUCUCGACAAACAUCGUCACCGGAGACAAGACGCUGCUGAACGAGACUGAUCCCAUCCCGGAACAGAAUGCUACUUUGCGUGUCGGCACAUACGCUUCCCAGGACCAGAAUCGAACUACCCGUGGAUCCGUCAAUGGUGCCAAAGCUCUUUGGCACUUCGCUCAGUCAUGGUUCCAGGAGUUCCCAGAAUACAAGCCCAACGAUGACCGUAUCAGUCUCUCAACACAGUCAUACGGCGGAAGAUAUGGUCCUGCUACCUUUGCAUACUUUCAGGAGCAGAACGAACGUAUCGAGAACGGCACUUUGCCCGACGAAGAUGGAGAAUACGUCGCCUUGAACCUCGACACCCUCCUGAUCGUCAACGGCUGCAUCGACCGUCUCGUCCAAUGGCCGUCAUAUGUACAGAUCGUCAGGAACAACACGUACGGCAUCGAGUCAGUCAACGAGACUGUCCAAGAACAAAUGCGUGACGCUCUCCACCGCGAAGGAGGCUGUCAGGACCAGAUCUGGGCUUGCCGCAACGUCUCUAUCGUCUACGAUCCUGAGAACACCGGAAUCAACGCCACCGUCAAUGACCUUUGCCAGGAAGCAGAGAGCUUCUGCAAUGACGAGGUCCGAUCCCCAUACAACAGGUACUCCGGACGCAACUACUACGACUUCACGCAAGUCGAGCCGCUGAACUUCCCAUAUCCGUUCUACCAAGGCUACCUGCAACAGCCGCAUGUCCAAGCCGCACUGGGUGUGCCUUUGAACUUCUCGCAGUCUUCUCCAGCGUCCAGUGGAGCCAUCAGGGGAAUCGGCGACUACGUCCGACCCGGCUGGCUAGAAGAUCUGGCAUACCUGCUCGAAGAGGGCGUCAAAGUGCAACUAAUGUUCGGUGAUCGAGACUAUGCCUGCAACUGGAUCGGCGGAGAAGCAGCCUCGCUAGCAAUCGACUACACCAACACCACCGCCUUCCACGCCGCCGGCUACGCCGACAUCCAAAGCAACGCCACCUUUUCCGGCGGCCAAGUCCGUCAACACGGCAACCUCUCCUUCGCCCGGGUCUACCAAGCCGGACACGAAGCACCCUCCUACUCGCCCGAGACUGCUUACCGUAUCUUCAUGCGGACGCUCAAUAAUGUCGACAUCGCGACUGGUGAACUUCCACUGACAGCGGAGAAUGGCACGAUUUAUAGUUCCGCGGGACCACCGGAUACGUUCCGUGUGAAGAAUGAGAUUCCGGAACAGAGAUUGCAGUGGUGCUAUGCGUAUGAUCUGUCGGGGUGUACGGAGGAGCAGAUUGCGAUGAUUGAGAAUGGGACGGCUCCCGUGAAGAAUUGGAUUUUUGUGGAUGCGAAUUCGACGAAGUUGUUUCCUGAGGUUGUUGGGAGGGGGAUGGAGAAUGAUACGGGGAAUAGUAUGCCGCCGGAGGUGAGUACGGGUGAUGCGGCGGUGCUGAGCAAUGAGGUUGGAGCAGUGCUGCUGUUGGCAGCUGCUGUGGCUCUGUUCUAG